AUGGAGCACAAUUUCGUUGAACCGAGUUGUCUCGUGCCAGUUUCUUUUACCGGUGAUUCACUCGACGGAGAAAGUGAACAGUUGGACAAGGCCAUAGAAUAUACGAAAAUUACUGAGUUGGAAUGUGAUGACACGGAACUUGUUGAUGAGUUACCAGACCAUAGUUGCCUUGCUGAUGAUGAAAUACCAAGAGUUGGGAUGCGAUUUGAGCAUUUAAAGUUGGCCCAGGAUUUUUAUGCGACCUAUGCAAAAAAAGUUGGUUUCAUAAGUAAGAUAAGGGCCACAAAUUUUGACAGAAUGACAAAGCAACCGAUCAACCAAUCUAUCCAUUGCAAUCGGGAGGGUUUCUGGGCGUCUCGUGUCAAGGCACCCAUACGGAAGAACAUAAUGGCAGGUGUUGGAUGCAGAGCAAGAAUAUAUGCAAAGUUCGAUAGGGAAAAGCAUGAUUGGGUCUUGUUGAAGGUUGAACUAAAUCACUCGCAUCCGUGUUCAACUAGGAAGGCGGUGCACUACCACGAGAACAGGGAGUUAACAAUGCAUGCGAAGUGUAUCAUUGAGGAUAAUGAUGAGGCGGGCAUUCGACCCAACAAGACCUUUCUAGCAUUAGCCAAUAAAGUUGGUGGGCCUUCGAACUUGGGCUUCUCAGAGAAGGACGUCAAGAAUUAUAUUUCAUCAAGACUCCGAUCCACAAAUGUCAACGUAGAUGUCAAGGAGAUGCUGAACUACUUCAUGCGAAUGAAGGAGUUGAAUCCGAACUACUUUUACGCAGUGAAUAUAAAUGAGGAUAACAAGUUUACGAGUGCAGUUUGGGUGGAUGCAAGGUGUAGGGCAUCUUAUGAAUACUAUGGAGAGGUGGUCUCAUUUGAUACCACAUAUAGCACGAACUGGCAUGGAUUGCCGUUCGCUGCUUUCAUUGGUGUGAACCACCAUGGUAAGUCCACUUUGUUAGGCUGCGCUCUGCUAGGCAGUGAGGAGAUCCCGAGUUUUGAGUGGGUGUUCACACAAUGGCUGGAGUACAUGGGAACGGCACCGAAGGGCAUCAUCACAAACCAAUACAAGUCUAUGUUUGGUGCAAUUAAGAAGGUCCUGCCCAAUACACGACACCGGUGGUGCAUAUGGCAUAUAACCCAAAAGAUACACAACAAGCUUGGAGGUUAUUCUAGGUUCAAAGAGUUGAAUGCUGAGUUGAAACACAUUAUAUGGAACUCUAAGUCGGUUGAGGAUUUUGAGGAUCAUUGGGCUGAGUUCAUUGAUGAGUUCAACUUACAUCACAACAGAUGGCUAUCAGAUCUGUUUGAGGACCGACACAUGUGGGUGCCUAUCUUUUUCAAGGGUCAAUUAUGGGCUUCCAUGAGGAGUACGCAGCGGAGUGAGGGUAUGCAUUCAUUCUUUGGUGGAUACUUAAAUUGUAAGACUAGUUUGGUCCAGUUCGUCCACGAGUUCAACAAUGUCCUAGGAACGAAAGAGCAGAAGGAACUGGAGGACGAUGCUGCAGACUCGAGAGGUCUAAUCCCAUGUUCAACUAGAUCAGCCAUCGAGAGACGAUUUCAAAAAGAGUAUACCAACAAAAUGUUUAGGGAUGUCCAAACCGAGUUUGGCAAGAAGGCUGAUUGCACUAUUCGUGCCGUGGAUGAACAGGGCAACUUCACUAGGGUAAAAGUGGAAGAGGAAAUACAAGUCUAUGAGACGACUCGAUAUGUUACGUUUGACGUCCAUUUUGAUCGUUCGACACACGAGGUUCGAUGUGAUUGCAUCUUGUUCGAGAGUGCAGGUAUAUUAUGUUGCCACUGUCUUGUAGUACUUUCAUCUUACAAAGUUAAUGAGGUACCUUCCUUCUAUGUUUUACCUCGUUGGAACAAGAACAUAAAGCGCAAGCACACCUACAUUAAGAGUAGCCACGACGUUAGACGUUCAAAUGAAAGCCACAACAUAUUCAGAGAGUUGUGUGCACAUUUCUACAAUGUUGCACAGGAAUUCGUGGACUGUGAUGAUGAGGCAGACAUGCUGCAUAAUGUUCUAGAGGAUGCAAGGGCCAAACUAGUAGAUUACCGUGGCAAGAUGCGAAAUAACACUGUCGCUACUGCACACAAUAGCAUCAUCACAGGCCCUUCAACCGUUUUCGGCACAGAGGACAUUCAGGCCCCAUCAAAGGUAACCACUAAAGGUCGUCCAAAAGGCAAAAGGCUAGGAUAUGAGUUGGAUAAAUCAAUCAGAAAAUCCAUGCAGAGAAAGCGGAAGAGUGUACGCAAGGAUAAUCGUGUAGAAUCUGCUGCAAAUCAAGCUUCAGAGGCUUCCGCUCAGCAGAUUGCAAAGCAAGGACUUGGUGGAUUCAUGUCGCUGUUAAACUCCUUUGACAAUACCUAG